AUGGCGGGACAACGUACAGAGAACGUCCCUGUUUUGGGAGCCGGCCCACCUGAUCCGUCCAAAACUUCUCGGGACGCCUCCCCUGCCCGCAAUUCUCGCAAUGUAUCUGCCAUACCCCAGCUCUCACGAUCGCGAAAGAAUAGCCAGGAGUUUAGUCCGACUAGAAAUGCAGCGGCGAGCGGAUCGCUGACGACCGUACCUUCAGCUGCUGCAGUGCAGCGAGCCUUGUCCGCUCAACGACCCAUUUUGCAACCUUCUAGUGUUGACGGUAUGCUCGAGGGUGCACACGCCUCCGAGAGACAAAUGAGAUCAGGUCCAACUUCCCCUUCGUGGCCCAAGUCGCCCAGACUGAAAUCUCCUCCCCCAUCUAAAGCCGGGGCGAGAGCAAAUGCUGCGAAACGCAACGAUGCCGACCAGACACCGUCGAAUACGUCUUUGAAAAGAUUGGCUCCGGCCUCGGAUCCCGACCCGGCCGCCGCUAUGCCAGUUCCAGAGGAUGGGGAUGCGUCCUUUACACAUCCCUCCCUCCGAGGACGAGGUCCGAGUACCGAAAGAAGUGCUCUGGAGACUGUUGCCGAAAGCAGUGCGCCUACGACUCCUUCAAUUGGCCCUGUAACGACUCCACCUCUGGACCAGAAGCUCGAUGUGCCAUCUCUCGACCAGAAGGCCGAUCUUCACUCGGAGGUGCCGACGGUAAAAGAUAGCGAAGGAAGUGGUGGUGAUGCCCCCCUUAAAUCCCAUGCCUACAAAGCAGAGAAUGGCCAUCGAUCAAGAGCUCCCGGCACAGCUCGGCCUGCCUCCGAGCUGGCCAAGCGUUCCUUCACCAGCCUUCCUGGCGUCAAAAACAAACCGGCGUCCGAGCCUCCCAGGACUAUGACGGUGGAAACGGAAACUGUCACGUCAAUGCCGCAACUUCUGGGUCCCGAUCGUGGGGGGUCAGGUCGAGAUGGAAAUGGGAGUGUCAGAACCAAACCAAGCGACGAGACGAUCCGGCCGAAGAAGGAAAAGAAACGCUCGUCACGCAAAACGCCCUCGUUGCAUGCUGGUACGGUUACGUCCAAAGCUGAUUUGUUCGAGGCCAAGGUUGCCAGUGCUGUCGAUGAAGCUGACUCUUCCGACUCUGAUGAAACCUUUGUCUAUGAAUCCAAUCCACCGGACAACCGCCCCAGUCGACACCAUUCUCGCACACCCAGUGCGACGUCGCUAGCUAGCCAAGAUCAGUAUGGAGCACGGAAUAAACACGGGGUCCGAAGUGGGAGUCAUGCGAUCGCAGGGAAGAAGAGCAUGAAGUUUUCAAACAGCACCUACAACAACUACCUUGACGGCGAAUCCGGUCCGGAAGGCCGGUCCAGCCAACGGAAUACAAGCUCGACCCCGCGACAUCAUCAUAUCAGCCGGCAUGGACGACCUCAUCAUCCCUCGAUUUUCGAUACAGACUCACCGUUCACACAAGCUGGCAAACCAAGCCCUCCUCGGUCUUCCACCAACAACCCCUCGCGCUUGUCUCGAUCGAACAGUCCGCGGCUCUCGAACGGACGACUGGCCGGCGCUUCUCGAAAGGGAGAACCCUUUGGCCCGUACGAUGAUGUGGCCGAUGAUGAACGGGCACCUCUGAUUGGAUCUGUCCGCAUCAAUCGUGCCAGACAUAGUCGUCGACCGUAUAGCACCCCACUUCGACCGAUCGAUUACGAUGAUGCAUAUGAUCGAAGCUACUGUGGGCGAUCCGGCGGGUGUAUUUUCCUCGCCUGUGUUCUUCUUCUGGUCUGUGUUGGAAUCGCAACGUUUAUCAUGGCACUUAACCGGCCGCUGCUGGAUGUUUCGAUUAAGCAUAUUCAGAAUGUACUUGCAUCGGAGCAAGAAAUCAUGCUGGAUCUGGAUGUGGAGGCGAUCAAUCCCAAUCUAUUUGCGAUAACGGUGAAUGAUCUGGAUGUUAAUCUCUUCGCCGAGAGUCCAUAUGUGGGAACCACCGCCGAAUGGAACAGCCGGACAGGGGCUCUUCGAUGGGUUCAGAGGCGAGGUCCCGAAGACCUGGGACUCAGCUGGCCGCCCUGGCAUUCCGAAGACGGCGUGGAUAAAGGAACCGACCCAAUCGACGAUCCCGAGUCGGGGGCGCAGAAAAUGUUACUGGGCAGAAUUUUGGAAUUUGAUUCACCAUUGGUGUUUGAUGCAUCGCCAGUCCGUCGCAGCUACACCUCUUCUGUUGGCGAAAUUCAACUGGCCAAGCCUGGCAAUAAAACGGAAGAGGGAGGGUCGGCUCGAUGGGAGAGAGUGCUACAACACCAAUUUGACCUGAUUGUACGAGGGGUGAUCAAAUAUCGGCUUCCUUUAAGCUCGAAGACGAGGUCGGCGAAGAUCGACAGCCGUAUCGAGGUGCUCCCCAAUGAUGAUAAAACACCCAAUGAGCCCGAGAAAUUGUCGAUGUCGAUGGACCCCAAACUAUAA